CUUGUACUAGUUGGAGGAGUCUCACUGAACCCAACUGCCAGGGCAAAACCUGGCCGGCAAAACAAGAACCUCGCCGGGAAACUCAGGUGGAGUGGCCGUCUUCCGUCAGAAACUGCGAUAGAACCGUCGUCCAGAGACUAGCAUUAAUCUGAAUGGGUUAUAUUCAGUAUGGUAGACACGGUCUUAGGAAUACAUUUGGGUUUACAAAUGCAAGCAAUGUGUUCAGAAACUCCAUGAGACAACCUUUGGAGUGUGCAGGCACUACAUUACCCUCAUGUUCUCGUAUUCACGGAAAGGUUCUCUAUUCCACUUCUUCUGAUGCCAGAAUAGUGCAGGACCUUCUUGCUCAAGUAGAGAGGGAUAGGCUGAGAGAGAAAAAUGAUAGAAAAAGGGCUGGUUUAGACACUGCCGAUGUUGAUGCUGAGUCGGAGGAGGAUUACAUGGGUAUAUCCUCCAUCAUUGAAAAGCUUGAAAAGGGGAAGCUCAAGGAAACCACUGAGCUGAACCGAUUCGAAGAACAAACUGAUUCUGAUAGUGAUGAUGAAGAUGUUGAUGCUUAUCAGAAGAAGUUUGAAGAUUUUGAAAAGAAGUUCAGUAGGCAUGAAGAAAUGAUUCAGAGUUUCACCGAUGCUGAUACGCUUGAUGAUGCUUUUAAAUGGAUGCACAAAAUUGAUAAGUUUGAGGAAAAACAUUUUAAGCUUCGUUCUGAAUAUAGGGUUAUUGGGGAACUCAUGAAUCGCCUCAAAGUUGUAACUGAUCAAAAGGAUAGGUUCAUUCUGCAGCAGAAGCUUAACAGGGCUUUGAGAUUGGUGCAAUGGGAGGAAGCUUAUGAUCUAGAUAACCCUGCCAAUUACGGUCUCAUUCAACAUGAACAGGUGGGGCCUAACGUGGAUACCUUGCAACAAUCUGGAUUUGAAAAGGAGAAUAAACCUGCACAAGGAGAGGAAGAUGCUGCAGCUGCUGACAGCGACGAUGAAGAAGAAUUUGAUGACAUGAAAGAAAAAGACAAUAUAAUACUGGCCAAACUUGAUGUUAUUGACAAGAAGCUCGAGGAGAAGCUAGCCGAACUUGAGUAUACGUUUGGAAGGAAGGGCAAAGCUGAAGCAGGUACCGCAAGGCUGUUCCGGAUGAGCAACUCAGUAGGAGAUGGCAAUAAACUUCACUUCACACCUGACGACGUUAGUGACACACUGCCUGUACCGGCUGAUAGCAACGUGCAUAAUUCUUUUCCCUCGAUUCAUGUCUUGGAGUCCAAAGAUUCUGGAAAGUUUGCUGCUGCAUUGACUGAUCCAGUCUCAAUCUUUGCUUCAAAACGGACAGUUAAUUCCUUAUUACUUUCUGAGCUUCUUGAGCAAUUGAAAGGAUGGAUGGAUUCAACCUCUGGAGCCCGAUCAAUUCCUGUUUUGCAGCUUUUUCUAUAG